AUGCCUGGCGCCCUCAAACUCACUAAUUUAACUUCCCUUUAUGCCCACAAAUCCAAAUUCCCCCAUGAAUGCAACAACCGCCGUCGCAGAUUCCUCGACAACCUCUCCUCCACCGCUGCCCACAAUCCCACUGAGACAUUUAUCCGGUCCAAGCAUUCCGCCGUGUGGUGGUGGAGGAUAACUCCCUCCGUACCCUCCGCGCAUCGUAAAAUCAGCCCCUUCCGCCACCAAUUCGUCGGAGCAUUCGGUGGCCGCAAAAACUACUUUUAUACCUCCGAAUCGGAAAAUAAAGAUCAAAAUAGGAAUUUGAUCGGAAAUUAUAAAAAUAAUAAAAAUAACAAUCUCGUGGCUCCCAUGGGUGCUACUCUUGAACCGACGCCUCCUCCAACGUCUAAAUUGCUCACCUUGCCUACAAUCUUGACCCUUUGCCGGGUUGCAGCGGUCCCGCUCCUCGUAAGCACUUUUUAUGUUGAUAGCUGGUGGGGACCGACUGUGACUACUGCGAUAUUUGUUUCUGCGGCAAUUACGGAUUGGCUUGAUGGGUAUCUUGCUAGAAAGAUGAAACAAGGAACUCCAUUUGGUGCAUUUUUGGAUCCAGUGGCUGAUAAGCUUAUGGUUGCUGCCACCCUGGUCUUGCUAUGUACCAAACCUUUGGAAGCCAGAAUAUUUGGACAAGCACCAUGGUUACUGACUGUGCCUGCAAUUGCCGUAAUCGGUAGAGAGAUAACCAUGUCUGCAGUCAGGGAAUGGGCUGCUUCUCAGGACAAAAAGCUUUUAGAGGCUGUUGCAGUAAAUAAUUUGGGGAAGUGGAAAACAGCCACUCAGAUGACUGCAUUAACCAUCAUUCUAGCUGCCAGAGAUAGCAGUCUUGUAGGGACGGGAUCUCUUGUAGCUUUUGGGGUCAUUUUACUAUAUAUUUCAGCAUGGCUCGCUGUAUGGUCAUUGUUCAUAUAUAUGAGAAAGAUAUGGAAAGUAUUGCUGAGAUAG